GGUCCCUUACGGCAUUCGUGCCUGACUGUCGGAUCCCAAAUCUUUAUCUUCAUAACAAGUGUUUGGAACCUCCCAGCACGUUGGGAAAUCCUCCCUCUCUCUCUCCUCUCAUGGGAUUUUCUUUCUUUCUCUCCAAAAGUCUUUAACCGAAAAAAAAUGACUAAAUCUAUCUAUAGACUUCUGUCUUUAUUCUCCUGUUUAUGUCCUCUCUCUUUCUACCAGUCCAAGGUUGUGAUUUAUCUUUUAUUUCUCUCUCUCGUGGUUGCCACAUGAUUAAAUGUUUUAAACAGUUUGAUGACAUGUCGGUGAUUAUGAUGCCGGGGGAACGUCAUUAAUCCUCUUGGUGCAAAUAAAGCUGUAAGGUUGACUGUCUGUAAUAUGGUAUCCUGACAGUUCCUAGCAACGUAUCGUGGAGGUACAGUGCUGUGACUGUUGCUUGCUGAGAUGGUAUUUCUUCAUACUGUGACGACUCUGUUGUUGGGCGAAGGUUUAAGAAUGUCUAAGUUAAAGCAGUACAGCAGGCCAAGGAUACUACAACCAGAACAUUUCUGAGAGCUUUUAAAGCCAUGGAUAGGUGUAAGCAUGUAGGGCGUCUGCGACUCGCCCAAAAUCACUCCAUAUUGAAUCCCCAGAAGUGGCAUUGCAUGGACUGUAACACCACUGAAUCUGUUUGGGCCUGUCUUAAAUGCUCCCACGUGGCAUGUGGUCGCUACAUCGAGGAGCAUGCACUCAAACACUUUGAGGAAACUAGGCAUCCUUUGGCUAUGGAGGUCAAUGAACUUUAUGUCUUUUGUUAUCUUUGUGAUGACUAUGUGUUAAAUGACAAUGCUACAGGGGAUUUAAAACUGUUGAGAAGCACUUUAAGUGCAAUAAAGAACCAAAAGUGCAGUCCAAUGGCACGCAAUGGCAGGGCAUUGCGGUCAAUGGCUUGCGGGGAAUCUCCUUGUUCGUUUCAGAAGAACAAAAAAGGGCAGACUCAUAGUACAGAGCAGAUGUUCACUGCUCUUUGGCACAGACGCCAGUCUUUGCUAACAAAGGCAAUGCGCAUUUGGUUUGAACAAACAACCAGUGGUAAACGUAGAUUGGAAGAAAAGCGGCUACAGGAGGAAAUGGACAGAAGAAAGGAGGAAGCAAGGAAGCGGCGACAGGAGCUAAAGCGUAAAUUCAUGGAGGAGCUGGUCAAUGCCCCACCUCGGAAAAGUGCAAGGAUUUUAUUUCAAAUCCGGAAGGAGGACCAUAUCUCAAAGUGCAAAAAACCAACUGGAAAAAAGGUGCUACAAACUGCCCCUACCUCAAAACGACAAAGGAACAAAAUUAAGCGGUAUUAUGCUACCAAGCGUAAACCAGUGGUAACUCCUGGUGUUACGGGUCUAAGAAAUCUUGGUAAUACCUGCUACAUGAACUCUAUCCUGCAAGUACUCAGUCACUUGCAAAAGUUCAGAGAGUGUUUCUUAACCCUUGAUCUCUGUGAGACUGAAGAACUAUUGGCAAGGACCGCAAAUGGCAAAACACGAUUGUCUAACAAGGUCACGCUGGGGAUUGGUCCUGCAUCGUGCAUAGCAGGAAGAAACGAUCAUGUGGGAGCUUCAGGGAGAUACAGCAUGCCAGCUGGUUUGAACGGAGGUGCCUCUAUGGCCAGGAACCUGGAACUUAUUCAACCCAAGGAACCUAGUUCGAAGCACAUCUCUCUUUGCCAUGAACUUCACACACUCUUUCGAGUAAUGUGGUCUGGGAAAUGGGCUUUGGUGUCUCCGUUUGCUAUGUUGCACUCUGUAUGGAGCCUGAUCCCAGCAUUCAGGGGAUAUGGUCAGCAAGAUGCUCAGGAAUUUCUUUGUGAAUUACUGGACAAAGUGCAGCAGGAGCUGGAAUCGGAAGGUACAAAGCACAGGAUCCUUAUUCCUUUUUCUCAACGGAAGCUCACCAAGCAGGUUCUCAAGGUGGUGAACACCAUCUUUCAUGGGCAGCUGCUCAGUCAGGUCACGUGCCUGACAUGCAACUACAAAUCCAACACCAUUGAACCAUUUUGGGAUCUUUCACUGGAGUUUCCAGAGCGUUAUCAUUGUCUUCAGAAGGGUGCUACUCAGCUUAAAGAAUGCACUCUGACGGAAAUGCUGGCAAAGUUUACAGAAACAGAGGCUUUGGAAGGAAGGAUUUACGCUUGCGACCAGUGCAACAGUAAACGACGAAAAUCCUCGCCAAAGCCCCUCGUCCUGACAGAAGCUCAAAAACAGCUAAUGAUAUACAGACUACCUCAGGUCCUCCGUCUGCACCUUAAAAGAUUCAGCUACUGUGUUUUUAGGUGGUCUGGCCGCAACCAUCGUGAGAAGAUAGGGGUGCAUGUCAACUUCGACCAGGUAUUAAACAUGGAGCCUUACUGCUGCAGGGACUCUUCCUCCACUCUUGGCAAGGAAAGCUUCAUAUAUGACCUCUCAGCUGUGGUGAUGCAUCAUGGAAAAGGAUUUGGCUCAGGACACUAUACCGCAUACUGCUACAACACAGAAGGAGAGUUUUGGGUCCACUGUAAUGACUCUAAGCUAAAUGUGUGCAGUGUGGAGGACGUGUGCAAGACCCAAGCCUACAUUCUCUUUUACACUCAAAGAACCGUGCAGAACAGAGUGGGGUUUGUCACAGACAUGCAUUCUGAACCUCAGGUGCCAACCAGAAAUCCAGAGAAGAACAGGAGACUGACCUUCCCCUAGCAUGGGGUGCAAAAAUCAUUAUUGGAAUUCACUGAAACCAUCCAGCGUCAGCCAUUGGGAACCAUGUUGGGGCUGAUCAAACACAGAUGUGGUCUCUUGUGGGCUACAGUUGCCGUAGGGCUCGUUUACUGAAGCAUAUAUAGCCUUCCUAUGCAUAAUAUGGUAGGGUUUAAUUCCGUACUUGUCAAUUAAAAUGGUUUUUUUCAAAGUGUCCAACUGUCCCAGGUCAGAUGAUGUGGAUGUGUAUGGUAUCAACAUUCCUGUUGCAAAAGUUUUUCUUAUUCCCCAUCCACUCCCCCCAAAACAAAAGGUGGCACAUCUAUUGUCAACGUUUAUGUUGCUGGCUGAUCUUGAGAUGCAACAUUUCUGAUACUUGCUUUCAUCCUUUAACUCCCAGAAGGUGCCUUUGUUUGCCACAUGAUUCACUGACUGAACAUAGGUACGCGUGUUCAACCCAUUCUCAUUGUGUACUGGAUGCAGAAUUGUUUACUCCCUGUGGUGCAAUAGCAAGCUAAGCUUGAUCUGAUUCACUAAUUCUGCAUUUUCACAUCAUGGCCAGGGCUGUUUCACAUUUGCAUUGACCCUUCACUAAUUAUUUCAGGCUCCAUUGUACCAGCUAUGACUUGCCGCUAAUGCUGCAGAACAGUGAAGAAACCACAAGAGAAAUCCUUGUCCCUUUGCUCCCAUUUUAUGAUUUUGUACUUUAUUUAAGUGUAAGGACUCGUGCUGUGAAGAAUUACUGACGCAACACCAGUCUCCUCACUAAAACUACUUACAGGCUUGUAUGAACCUUUAUAAGAUGUUCUUUUUCUGAUAAUGUAAAUCCCUCUGUUGUGAGUCUGAUCGCUUCAGAACACACUGUUCUUGGGAGUUAAAGCAGCCAUAGUGAUUCAAUGCACUUCUGCAAACUCUUCCUUGCCUGAGCUUUUGUAUGGAUUUUGUGUGAGGGUAGAGAUUGUGUUUUCAGCCAAGUCCUGGUCUUUAGAUAGAUUGUGCGUAGCUGAUCAUGCAACAAUAACAUGGCAGCUUUGGAACUGUAAGUUAUGAUUUUUGCAACAAUUUCAAAAUAAAUGUGGGAGAUUAACUUUAUUCAAUAUGAUUUUACAUGUGUAAGUAGUCUUUGCCAAUUGUGUGACCUCCCUUUUCCAUUAAGAUUUGGUUUAACUUUGAUAAUUCUUUUAGGAAUUCAGACUAUUCAGAACAAAACAAAAACACAAUUCUGCUGCCUUACAGCUAGCAGGUUUGAAUAUAUUCCCAGUUUUCAGAGUAAUGUUGCCCCAAGGGCUGUUGGCCACAGUGGGUUGCAACAGCAUUGGUUGGGCAAUUCCUUUGUCUGCUCCUGGGAUCUCACUGAGUUAACUAAUCUUUCCCAGUAUAAUGAUAGUAGUGUCCCUAGACGAGGUAGGUUGGAAGGAAAAUCAGUGAGGAAUAGCCCCAGUCGCUGCUGGAAGUUGUGCCUGUUCAUGUCAGGCACGUUCUGUCAACACAAGAUGCUGAGCGCUUGUGGAACUGCACUGUAGCGUGGGUCACCUCCUUCAAAGGGAGGAGCGAGAAAAGGAGGAAUUUAGUAUACAUUUGUAGUGUGCCAUCAUAAUAAACCAGAGAGAGAGAGAGAGGGAAAGGCGCAAGUAGCGGGGAGGGAGGAGAUCUGCUGUUGUCAAGUCGCUGAUACAUAUACAACGGUGAGAAGUUUGGUUUGUCGUCUUUUUUUUUCCUGACUUAGUUCGAUACACCUUAGGGGAGAUGGGUAAAGCUGCGUGAAAUAUGGUGCCAUUGAGUUUUAAAUCUUAUUUGAAUUUGUUAUUCCUUUUCCGAGUGGGAUUUUUGAAAGGUUCAGAAUUCGGCUGUCAAACUGUUCUCACAACAUGUUUUCAGUAUUUGGCUCCCAGGUUGGUGCCAGUGUAUCACUCGGCUGGAGAUCGCCCUAUGCCUGUGCAAUGAUUUUUUUUUUCUCUCUGGCUGAUCCUUUCCCGUUCCUCAGGGGACAGAUUGCUCUCUGUUUUGCCAUCCUUCAUCCAGCAACUCAGACAGUGAACUGACGAAAGUACUCAGGAGGAUGAAAGUUUUAAAUAUUUGUUGAGACAAAUUUAAAUUCACUCUUGCCUUUUUUACUUUCUUAUCUUCUCCUUAAGUUUAGAAUUUGCUGUGCUAUUGGAAUGUGCUGCUUCCUGUCACUGCAAUCCAUCCUCCCAGUUGUAGAUAUUUUUACUUAACCUGUUCAGACACCUAUGGAAUAAGUGGGACUUAAACCCAGGCCUUCUACCUUAGAGAUAGGAACACUGCCACUGCACGACAGGAACCAAUUGCAAACUUGGUGGCAUCGAUUGCUCUGCCCAUCUUACGGCAGCACAGUGCCUCAGUGGUUGAUGUUGCCUCACAGCGCUAGGGACCUGGGUUUGAUUCUUACCUUGGGCUACUG